AUGGAUUAUAAUUUAAUCAAUGGAGGGAUUCCUCCACAGAUUGGAAAUCUUACUAAUUUGUCUGGGCUUUCACUUUCCAUUAACAAAAUUUCUGGAGCAAUUCCACCGUCACUAUCACAUUUGAAAAGUUUAGUUGAUUUGAAUUUGGGACAAAAUUUUCUCACCAUGGAGUUACCAACUGACAUUGGCAACCUCUCCAACAUAGCAUCGCUGUUGUUAAAUAACAACAAUUUGUCUGGAGAGAUCCCUCCAUCAUUUCAAAAGCUGGAACAAUUAGAACAACUUGAUUUAGAAAAUAAUUUGUUUGCUGGAGGAUUGCCAAAUCCUAUUGGUGAAGCCACUGGAAUGAGCAUACUCUUCUUGUCAGGUGAAAUUCCUGAUAGUUUAGGUGGGUUAAAAAAUUUGAAGUCAUUGAGCUUAUCACAUAACAAACUCUUUGGAAGAAUACCUUUGAGUUUUGGUGGUUUACAAAGCUUAAAGAGCUUCAAUUUAUCAUAUAACAGUCUCUUCGGUGAAAUUCCUUACACAUUGGUAUAUCUCUUUGAGCUGAGUUACUUAGACUUGAGUAACAAUAAACUGGAGGGUCGCAUUCCAUGUGGACCUCAGAUGGAUACAAUGAAUGACCCAAAUUCUUAUGCCAACAAUAAUGGAUUGUGUGGAAUGCAAAUUAAAGUAUCAUGUGAGAUGGUGCCUUCUAAACCAAAGCUGAAGAGAGAAAGACCAAGAAAGAAAGAGUUGGGAGACAUGGUUUUCACGGGAAAUGGCAGUGACUAG